AUGAAAACUUGUGUCCAUACAAUUCUCAUCCCGAACUUCCGACAUCCGCGUUUCAAUUUCGUCGGUAAGAUUCUCGGUCCGAAAGGCGCUUCUCUGCAAGCUAUGGCCAAACAGUUCAAAUGUCAUAUUUACGUGUUGGGUCGUGGAUCGACAAAGGAUCGUGCAAAGGAGCAAGAGCUACUCGCAAGUGGUGAUCCACAAUACGCACAUUAUGGUGGCCCAUUGCACGUGAAAGUUGAGACAAUUGCACCGGCGCAUACUGCUUAUCAACGAAUCGCUGGAGUGUUGGAAACACUUUCACAAAUUCUUCAACCGUCAUUGCAGACUCGUGAUGAAUCAUAUCCGGGUGGUGGUCAAGUUGGUGGUAACACAAGUGACCAAGGCGGAGGUCUGUUCCUUUUUUCCUUUUAUUGUUCAGAUUGCACAUUUAUUUAG